AUGACAGGCCCUGAAGCAGAUACCAUAUCAUGCUCCAGUGUUCCACAAUCUGACACCGAAAUAAACGGGAAAUGGGCAAUUGGGGCAGGAAGACCAUUUCCGCCGGCUCUUCCAGACAGAGAGUGUUACCUCGUCGACUUUGAAGGACCCGAUGAUCCUCUGAAUCCUCAAAAUUGGCCAUCAACCGCAAAGCUUCUUUCCUCUGCACUGGCUUGUUCUGGUACAUUCAUUGCUUCGUUGAACAGUGCGAUGUUCUCCCCCGGAAUUAGUCAGGCCAGUAGUGAUUUUGGCGUCGGAACGGAAGUCAUCACCCUCGGCACGACUCUCUUCGUUUUAGGCUUUGCGACGGGGCCGAUGAUUUGGGCGCCGCUGUCUGAACUCAUGGGAAGGAAAUUGCCUUUGGUGAUUGCCAUAAUUGGAGAAGGUAUCUUCACCAUCGCUUGUGCGGUUGCAAAGGACGUUCAAACGCUUAUCAUUUGCCGGUUCUUCGCUGGGGUAUGUGGCGCCAGUCAACUGACAGUUGUGCCUGGUUUGCUUGCCGAUCUUUACGACAAUACGUACCGGGGUGUUGCUAUUGCCUUGUAUGCUUUGACGGUAUUCGGGGGGCCGUUUGUUGCGCCUAUUGCCGGUGGGUACACAGCGUCGAGUUACCUUGGUUGGAGAUGGACGCUAUAUAUCCCGGCUUUUCUUGCCUUGGGUAGUGGCUUGCUUUCUUUCUUCUUUCUAAAGGAGACAUACCCCCAAUGUGUCCUCAUUGCGAAGGCUGCUUUGAUUCGAAAAGAAUCAGGAAAUUGGGGCAUUCAUGCAAAACAAGAAGAGGUCGAGCUUGAGAUUGAUGAUUUGGUUGAUAAAUACCUAACUCAGCCACUGAGACUACUUAUCACCGAGCCCGUACUUCUUCUUAUCUCGCUCUAUAUGUCCUUCAUCUAUGGUUUGGUGUAUGCCCUUUUAGAGGCAUACCCGUAUGUUUUCGAAGUCAUACAUGGCAUGCACUCAGGCACUGGUGGUUUGAACUUUAUCGGCCUGAUAACUGGCGUUGUCUUAGCACUUGGAUUUAUUCUCUCGCAGCAAAAGCAGUAUACCGAAAAGCUGGAAAUGAAUGGAAACAUUCCCGUGCCUGAAUGGCGUCUGCGCCCAACAAUACUGGGAGCUCCAAUGUUCGCUGUUGGACUUUUCUGGUUUGGUUGGACUGGUUUCACAUCUGAGAUCCACUGGGCCGCGCCGGCGGCCUCUGGUGUAUUUAUUGGCUUCGGAGUACUUUGCAUUUUUCUCCCUUGCUUCAAUUAUCUUGUAGAUGCCUAUUUGCCAGUCGCUGCAUCUGCUGUAGCAGCAAAUAUUAUCCUUCGUUCGGCUUUUGCAUCAAGUUUUCCCCUCUUUACUCGGCAAAUGUUCGACAACAUGGAAGUACAGUGGGCAAGCACCCUGCUCGGUUGUUUGGCCACGGUGUUGGUUCCCAUCCCAUUUCUCUUCAGGGCGUUUGGACCACGACUGCGACGCGAAGCCCGAUAA